GUCCGCGAGGAGAACCUCGGCGGCUACCUGAGCGUCGAGGACGAGAUGCUGCUCAGGGCGAGCGGCGAUCAGAAGACUGCCGUGGCGGACACUGCGCAGCCUCUGGAGCAGGACGCGAUGGCACCAUACGCCUGGCACCCGCAUGACGCCAUGGAGCCUCUGGCGUUUGGCGCUGGACCUGCAUAUCGCAGAGCUGCGAACAGCGAGGCCCGCGAGGAGAACCUCGGUGGCGACCUGAGCGUCGAGGACGAGAUGCUUCUCAGGAGCCAGCAGCCGCGGCUCGGCCGGUGA